GGCUGAAAUGGAUUAUGUCCCCUGGACUGCCGCGGAGAAGGAGCUGUCGUACGUCCGUAAAAUGUUGGUCCGCACCCCUCUGUAUGGGGAGUACAAGAAUUUCAUGGCAUCUCUGUUGAAGAAGCCAUUUGGAAAACUUGGACUGGACAACUCUAAUUCAAACCAUCUAGAAAUCUAUACACGAUCAGAUGUGGCUGACUUGGCCUGUACCUAUGAUGUCCCUGGCUGUAGGACACAGGUGAAGGCCAUCUUUGACAAGUGGAUGUCUAAUCCGACAGUUAACCUUGUGGAUCCGAAUCUGAAGACGAUGGUGUACUGUACAGGGGUCGCCGAGGGGAGAGAGUGAGUGGGACUUUGUCCUACAGCAAUACAAGGACUCUACACUGGCCUCAGAGAGCA